GAGGCGCGGAACAGGGCUGUGAAGGCCUUGCGAUCACUCGGGAAGAAAAACUCGGACUUCGCGGGGGCCGAGACCGACGAGCAACAAAUCCAAUCGUACAUGAGAGCUGCCGCCAGCUUGCCACACGGCGACAGGGUGACCCCGAACCUCCUCCGGACCGGCCGCAGCACGGCAAGCACGAGCACAGAGGUGAACAUUGAGUAUUGGACACAGUACAAGACGCGCUUGCCUGUCGUUCCCGAAGCGGCCAAGCCGCACUUGGUCGAUCCUGAAACGAUCCCCAAUCUGCCGUCGAACGUGGGUCCCGCGAGCGGGAUAUGGUUCUUCGACAAGCAGAUCAACAAUGACCCGUCGGUGAGGAUGCUGGACUUGGGCCUGGGGCUGUUCACCACCAAGGCGAAGGCUGGUAAUAAGGUUGAGUUCGACGCCGGCGCUGGUGCUUCGGCGCUCCCUGGCCCGGCCCCGCGACCAGAAGAGGAAGCCGAGAGACCAGCGCCUGUGGCCGGUGCCGACGGCGCGGGGCUCGCGGACGCGCCGCCUGCCCGGCGCGGCCGGAGCCUGGGCCGGCAGAAGAGCGAGACUGAAAUGACGGACGAGGAGGUGGCGCGCGGCAUGUUCGACGCUGCCAACAAAGCGCCUUCCUUGUGGGAUCCAGAUCCGUUCGUGACGACCUCCCUGCAGGCGGUGACGGCGCGGUUCACGCAGCACGUGGCCGAGGUAGCGAAGAGGACUAGCACCGACACGGUUUGCCCGGAGCCAGCGCCAGAGUACAUGUUCAAGUAUUAUUCUGGAGUCACGAAGCUGUUAUUGAACGCAGAUGAUUCGUUUGGCGUAGUGCAUCAUUUCUCCAAAGCCUUCGAAGAUGCAGCGGCUGCGUGGCCCGCCGUCGCCCCCAAGAUGCCCCUGCAGAUGUGCAAAAUGGCGUCGAUGAAGCUCGAGGAGACGGUGUCUUUGACCGGUACCGAGAUCACCAGCCUACAGAAGGAUCUCCCAUGGGCAGCCUGGGAAGUGUUGCGGAAAUCCAAGUUUUUUGCCGCUUUCACAGCAGCGCGGAACGCAGCGCUCACGAAGAAGAUCAGGUCAAGCGUGGGCCUCGUGAAUCGCGCGCAGAUCGUUGCCUCCCUGCUGUCUCAGGCCGGCGAGGGCGCGGACGAGAAAGAUGAGCUCACCCUCAUUUCCACGCUCCUGGGUCCGAUCAGCCAGAAUGACAUCCUCAGCCUCUUGUUCUCCGAAGGCGACGAUAAUCAGCGCGCCAGGGCGUUCGACCAGGUGCGCGCCUGGUUCCCGAGCUGGACCAAGACUGCUGCCUGCGGCCCCCUGUCGCUGGAGCCCCUGGACCUCGCGGCGAUCUCCGGCAAGGACGUCCUGGAGGCGGCGAGCUUCCUGGUGGCUGAAUGCGAGGACCUGUCGUUCAUUCCGAACGCCCCCCUCCGCAGCCUGGGUUCCUUCUACAAGAAAUGCUCCGCCGGCGGCGGCGCGGGCCUCCCGGGAGCCAGCGCCGCGCACGGGCGCAUGUGGGUGAACGGCGUGUCCUUGGAUCUCGUCUCCCUGAGGCGCGGCCUCCAGGCAUGCGAUGCGGCCCCGCCCCCUCUGCGCGCCCCGCGCGCCCCGCUGUGCGAAGGCAUCGUGCGUGCCGGAGGGGGCGGCCUGAGCGAGGCCACGGCCAAGGCCGAGAAGGGCGACGCGCGGGUGCACCUCCGGACCCUGCAGGCGUGGGCUGCGAGCCCGACAGCGACCCCGGGCCCGACGGCGGCUCCGGGCGCGGAGGAGAAGGCCGCGGCGGAGCCAGCACAGCGAAGGCGCAGCCGGUGCCCAAGGGGCCUUCGCCCGGAGCUCAGCAGGCGGCGUCGCUCGUGGAGGGCGCCGCCGUCGCGUUCAACCUCGC